AUGGCCAACCUUCUGCGGGAACGGCAGAAGGAAUGGAUAUUGAGAUGCGUAUAGAUAUGGGUGUCCGUGGCGAAGAUGGUACUGGAAUAGAUUUGUUGAAAUUACAAGAAGUAUCUGCUCAAAAGUUGUACCGAAACGCAUUGAUGUUGCCUGAAUAUUUGAGCGAAAUUCCUGUCGAUUUCGCAGAGAACUGGAUAUGCGUCCCAUUACCCAUUGGCAGGAGGUGCACGAUCGUUUCGAGGUGCGGAAUAACGGAAGCAAGGGACAUCAACGGGGAAUUGUUAGAGUCAUUCGAAAGUUCAUUGCCAAAUGGCUCGCCUUGCAUGGAUAAUCCUAGCAGAUACUUUUGUCUCUUAGACUGCAUUCAGUGCAAUGCAGCGCGCGAUUCUGCGGAGUAUGAAGAACCGACCGUGUACUAUUACGUGCUCGACAUGAUGGUCUGGAAUGGAAUUUUUUUUUACAAUUGCAGCACAGAAAGUCGAUUCUGGCUACGUGACUCGAAGUUGGAAGAACUGGGGGAAACUCUAGAAACGCGGGCGUGCGGAAGAAGGUUCGCCAACCUACCCAGUUUCAGGUGCAACCGAAAAGGAGUCUCCGAGGCGAUAAAUGCGGACGUCGGGUGCCCUCUGAGAGGUGUUUUGUUUUACCACGCCGAAGUCGAAUACUGGCCAUACGAAACGCCAUUCAUGUGUGGACUGCCAAUCGAUAAAGCGAGAGAGCUCAUGUGCUCGUUGCCGACGUGAGAGAGGCAAUGCGCGCGCGAGAGCUUUCGGACAAACGCGCGAGAAGGAAGAAAGUUUCCUUCGUCGACCUUCUUCCCCGUUCUCUUUUCGAACAAAAUCGAACUUGUGUGCGACAAGGGGGAG